ACUCUACAUAGAGAUUGUGCUCACGAGUUUCGAGGUUGACUGUAACUUAUAAUAAAAAGUGAAAGUAGCCACGCACUAUUCAGCUAUGUAGAAUCCAAUUAUUAGUUUCGUAUUCAUUAAUAUUCAUGCAGUAAUCUUAAAAUUAUUAGCAUAGUUACCGUCCCCUUACAUAAUGAGCCAUGAAUCUCACCAUCAAAUGGACCACAGCAAUCACAUGGAUCAUGGCCAAAUGGGAAUUGACCCCAUGGCCCAUAACCACAUGCCCAGUGACCAUAUGGGACAUAUGGACCACAUGACCCAAAUGGGAAGUAAUAUGGAUCAUAAAACUUCCGAGGCACAUAACAUGAUGAUGUCUAUGGUAUUCCAUGGUGGCUAUAUGGAAACUAUUUUGUUUUCCUGGUGGGAUGUUAAAGAAGUGGGACAGUUUGUUGGAUCAUUCAUUGCAAUAUUCAUAAUUGCUCUAUUAUAUGAGGGGUUGAAAUAUUACAGAAAGCAUUUGCUGUGGAAAACUUACACUGGCCUACAGUAUUGUGCUGUUGCGCCACCAGACAAAGGUGUUGCCAAUAUUUGUGCUCCUGAUGACCCACAAGUGAUUCAGCCUAUGCCCCAUGUUGUUGAGCGAAAUAUUCCAACAAUGCUGAGUGCAGCCCAUGGGUGGCAGACAUUUCUUCAUGGUGUUCAAGUGCUUGUUAGCUACAUGCUGAUGUUAAUAUUUAUGACUUACAAUACUUGGUUGUGUGCUGCCGUUGUUUUGGGGUCUGCCACCGGUUACUUCCUAUUCGGAUGGAGGGAAUCUGUCGUAGUUGAUUUUACAGAGCAUUGUCAUUGAUUUUUGGGUUCUAAGAUUAUGUUGGACAGUAUUAUUAUUGAAUAUAUAAAUUGUAUAAGACAAACUAGGUGAAAUAUAUUUAUACCUAUUGUUAUGUACUUUUAAACGGCUGCAAUAUUCUAGAAUAAUUAAUGAAAUAUAGCAAUAUGCAUCCAAAACAAAAUUAUUUAUUUUUUGGUAGUGAGAUCAGGACUGCUUUAGAAAUGAAAUCUUAUUAAAAAAAUCUCAUAAAUCAUUAA